AAUAUGCUCAUUUUGCAUUAUCACAACCAUCAAAAGGCAUAAUUCCUUCUACUUGCUUAGACACCAAGCCAACUUGUAGUCCCCAAUUACAAAUGCUAAACCCACAGUUCAAGGAACUUUAUAUAUAUAGGGUCACCUGAGUUCUUUUUGCUUGUGCCUUGGCUAAAACCAAAACCAUGAAAUAUGGUGAAAUUUCUCACUUUAGCAAUCCCAAACACAAGCCUUACUUUGAUCGCACCGACUUUCCAUUCAAGUGUGAUGGCUGCAAGGAAGUCGGCAUAGGCCCCCACUACAAGUGCACCGCUUGUGACUACGAUCUCCACACCCAAUGCCACCACGCUCUCCUCUCCUCACCUUCUUUGUCCCACCCUUUCUACACCAAAUGCUCGUUUCAAUUCCUCCAACGCCCCCCUGGCAGCAUCCCCCGCUACUGCAACGCGUGUGAGAAGAAUGUGGGGGGCUUUGUCUACCAUUGCACUGCUUGUGGGUUUGACCUCCACCCCUGUUGCGCAAAGCUCCCCAUGGUGCUCGAUGACGGUGAAGUGAAGUUGUACCUGUAUAGGAAGGUUAGCGCGUCAUGUCUAAGGUGUGGAAGGAAAGGGAGGAGUUGGAGCUACCGAUCCGGGUGCAAGAAGUACAAUCUUCACGUUGCUUGUGUGAAGGAGAUGGUGAUGGAGAAUUGGCAAGAGAUAUGUUCAGGGCAAGGAGGAGGAGGAGAAGGGAAUAAUAGAAGUGCUAUUCUUGAAACAACAGGUAAUCCUACUAGGAAGUUGGACAGUGGAAUUCCUAACUUGAAAAGCACUAUUCAGAUCCAUCAGCAGAAAAGUAAGGGUAAAGGGAAUAAGUAUUGUGGCAUGGCUGGUUUGGCUUUACAAUUUGUUGUGUCAGCCAUUCUUGGUGACCCUACUACUCUCAUUGCUGGUGUUGUUGGUUACUUCUUGUCCAAAUAGUUACGUGUUUUAGUUAAGCAAUGGACGUCUUUGGUAAGAUAAGGAAUAUAUAGAGAUUGGUCACAAAGAGAUACAAAAUAUGGAUGGAUGGAUAAGAAUAUUCAAAAGUGAACCCCACCAAAAAAUUGGGUAAAAUCUUAUCCAUUCAUGUAUAUUACGUGUUUUUCUUUUCGUGUGCUUAAUUUCUGUAUUCAUAACAGAAUUGUAAAUAAAAUUCUUACCGAAUACAAAAAUAUUGGAACUCAUAUUUAAUAAAUUAAUAAAUACACGUGAAGCUUAUCUA